AUGCGGAUAUUGAUCAUCGGUGCUGGUGCCUCCGGACUGGUUACUGCCAAGACUGCACAGCAAGCUGGCCACGAGGUUAGCAUUGUGGAAGCGAGCUCCGCCAUUGGUGGCACCUUCGAGAACAAGCGCUACAAGGAUGGCCGAAUGGUGUCCAGCAAAUACCUCACCUGUUUUUCGGACUUUCGCUCACCGGAUGCAGAGAUGCACAUGAGCCUGGCCGACUACGUAGCUUACUUGCGCGAGUAUGCCGUUCAUUUCGGCAUCCUGGAACGUAUCCGCUUCAACGUGAAGGUGCUCGAUGUGGUCAAAACGAAGAAGACCGGAACGGAGGCCGCCUACACGGUGACGAUUCAGGAAGACGGAGACGACUCGCACCCGAGAACGGAGGCCUGGGAUGCCGUGGCCGUGUGCUCCGGUCUGCAUAACGUUCCAACAGUGCCGGACUUUCCAGGCCAAGAGCAGUUUCGGGGAGAGAUGCUGCACAGCUCGGAGUACAAGGAGCCGGAAAUCUUCCGGGGCCGGAAGGUGUUGAUCAUCGGCACAGGAGAGACGGCUUUCGACCUUGGCUAUGCGGCGGCGACGACUGGUGCUACAGCCGUGACGAUGUCAACACGUCACGGCUUUGUUUCCGUGCCAGCGUGCUUCGGGGAGAACAAUCCCCCGCUGGAUUGUGUCAUCAUGAACUGGGCGACGCACGCUUGGGAGAGCAGUUGGGCUCAGCGCGUGGGCAUGCACUGGUGGGUCACCACGAAGUUUACGCGCAUGGGCUUUUUGCUGACGACAGGUAGCUCCUACGGCUUCAACCAGUGGGUGGGCAAACGGUACAACAUGACCUGGGACGAGGGCCGAAAGCACAUCGUCAACAAGUCAGCGAAGUGCAUGCCGCUGCUCAGCCGGAAGGCGAAGAAGGAGGCUCACUGGCUUCGCCGGUGGAUUUACUCCUGGACCGACACAGAGUACAGCGACAUCGGCUUGGACAUCGACCUGGUCGAGGGCUCCGUGGCACGAUUCGACUCGGAGUCCGUGCACUUUGAAACUGCUCAGGGUCCUCGCCGGGUGGAGGCAGACUUGGUCGUUCUUGCCACCGGCUAUCGCCAGCGGUUUCCCUUCCUGCAAAAAACAGAAGGAGGCGAGGGCCCUCAGGGGGACGACCCGCUCCCCUCCGAGCAUUUCAUCCUGGAUCCGGCGGAGCCCCGCUUGGCCUACAUCGGCUUCAUCCGGCCCAACGUAGGUGCCAUUCCUCCGAUGGCCGAGAUGCAAGCAAUGUGGUGGUGUCAGCGGCUGCAGAACCAAGUGGAGGAGGGCAGCUCCCUGGAUCGCGCCUGCUACCGGCUGAAGGGUUCGAGGCUUUGCUACGGCGCCUUCACCGCAGGGCUUGUUGGUUUCGGGUUUUGA